ACUCACGAUUGUACGCAUAGCUUUCUCCUUCGGAAAGUGAAUAUACGAACAUUUUUCAACAUAUAAGCUUAGCAGUGGCAUUUUGGCUUCUGUGCAGUCCAUUAUAGACCAUUGAAAGAAGGAGUGGUUUGACCUUCCAGUUUAUCUGAGGUAAGGGUAUUAAAACUUUUUUAAAAAAACAGUACCCAAACAAUAUCAAACAUUGUAAGGUUAAUAUUGCACGUAUACUCAUACUGCAAGCGUUUGACAAUUAAAUAGAUUGUUCAAUUUAUACCGAAUCGAAGCGAACCACGGAGUCUGUAGCAUAAACAAGGUAGGUAUAUGUAUAAGAUAAGAAAACGCAACGGAAAAUCAGAGACUAUCAGGCGAAGCCGGUGAAACAAUUGAGAAGAAAUACGGUUAUCAUGGCUAAUUUAACCAGCAAAUGGGAAAUUAAAAACAAUGCAAAUAUUUAAUUCCCUGUUCAUUUCUAAUGAAUAAUAUAUAUAUUUAAAGACCUUUGUAUUAAGGUUAACUAGAAUAAAACGCGAUUGCGCUUGAAAUUUUUGAAUUAAAACUCUCAGGCAGCUAUAAACAAUAUAUUAGGUCCAAUGAUACAUGUGCCAAUUCUGACGUAUCCGGAAGCGGUCUUAGCUCUAACCGUAGGAAAUUAGCAUUUAAAAAUGAAAAAAGGAUAUAAUUUUCAGUUUCGGUUUCUAGCUUAAAAUAAAGGGGGGAAACCCCUUCUGCUAUACAAUUCAGUUUGCCCAGUGAUCCCUGCACUGCGUUUUCCCAGUCCCUAUCGGUCAAUUCACUUCGGUGACGUAUCCGAGGCAGUUAGAAAAGCUAUAUUCUCACCACAGGUUUAGAAUUUCAUUUUCAUUCAUCGUGAGUAUUUUUAGUGUCUUUUGUUGCUCUAUAAACUGUUGGGGGAGCCGAACAAUUUCGCCGCCAGUGAAAAGCCUGGAGACCCUGUUGACCCAGUUAUACAGUAUGAAACUUAACUCUUCAUCUUGCUUCCUUUUUCCAGCCUGACCAGGACAGUUGCAUAAUUUGAAGUCAACAACAUGGCAAUACCUCUCUGUUUGCCCAACAACUGUCAAUGGAAUCCGGUUACAGGUGAAUACACCAAGAAAAAGGAACCACGUUCGUCGCUCUAUGUCGUGGAUAAAGCUCUUCAGAAACUGAGGACUGUCAAAGGUAAACGUUAUUCAUUCCACCCUUGGUGAAUGGCCCACUGUUUUCGGACGUUUAUUUGAGUUGGUUUGAUUAACCGCGGUAGGAUUAGCUCAGUCGGUAGAGUACUUGACUUCAAAGCGGGAGGUCGCAGGUUUAAUCCCCCGGGCCGGACCAAUACGCAGGGCCUUAGAAUAACUGAGAAAUGAAGGUACUGCCUUUGCCCUGCCAACGACUAGACCUUCGCGUGGCUCGGAUGGUCACUUAAAGUAAAAAUGGUGUCUCACUCAAAUAAAGAGUAUUUUUUGCAAAAUCUUCAGAGUAUGAACGGCAAAAGAAAAAUACCGGGAGAGGAAUGCCGUUUAAUAGAAGGAGUUGAUAUUUAUUCUCAUAAUUGACCUAGGUAAAUGAAAGUAUGACCAUUAAGUAUGAAUUCACUAGAACAAAAAAAAAAAAAAAAAAAAAAAAAAAAAAGAAAAAAGAGAAAAAGGAAGAAGAAAACAACAACAAACUAAAAAAGGUGAAUUAAUUAACAGAACUUCUUGGACGGAACGUUAUAUACCUAUUUCAAUUAAGGUUGGUUCAGAGAAAAAUGAUGCAUGAUCGAUGUUUCAUAGCUUGCGGUGCAUUAUUGUAGCAAGUGUAGUAAAUUAUGUGCCCGCAACGAGCCUAGAAACCUAGAAAGCAAACGCUGCUAACGCUUCUAGUAUGUCAGCAGAACGUUAAGACAGUGUAUUUCAAAACACUGAAUCCUAGGCUUUUUAAUUUAAGACAGUGACUUGACGUUAGGUUUCUCACUGUUGUAGUAUGCAAAUACUGAAAAUUUUCAACGAGUUUGCUUGGCUGUACAUGUGCUGGUGGGAAAUUUGGAUGGAGUUUAAAAAAAAAUCAAAUUCAAGGCGUUUGUUGAACAACAAUAAAUAACUUAACAUUACCUGUUUAUCCAUUUUUGAGGCAAUUUUUUUAAAAACAGAAUAAAAAAAAGAAUAGCGUUGAUUUUCUUUAUUGAGAUGCAGCAUUCUGGCACAUGCAAAAACGCAGCUUCAUCAGGCGGUAUCCUAUUCAUUUAAUGUUGUUAAAAGAAGAGGCUUCUAAUUUUUUACCAUGAGAUUUUAAAAAUGAAAAUUUUCACCUCGCUCACGGUUAAGAAUUUUAGCAGCCAUUUGACUUGAAAGCUCUCUUUAAUGCCUUUUUACAAAUGGUCUCCAGUGUAUUGCAAUAGGUGUAUAUCAGGAGGCUUAGUGAGUUAUCAGCCAGACGUUGUUCUCAGGAGAACCUUAUUUUAAGUAUAAUAUGAGAGGCCUAACUAAUAUACAAUUUUAAAAUAUUAUAUUUAAGAAAACCA